AGUGCAGACGGUGGAGAAAUAUUCGACAAAAAGGUUCUUACACGUACUUUCGGUGAGCCUUUUUACUAUUUGUUAUCACUUUAUUAGAAGUAUCACAUUGUUUGGGCUGUUGCAUUUAAUAACCGUACCCUGCUUCCCCCCGGUUGAGGAACUAUGGCGUGGAUCUAGGAUAAAAAUACUGACCUAUUUCCUAAACUGCAAGCUUCUAGAAGGGUCGGGGGGCGGGCUCCCCUAGGAAAUGUUUUUGGAUUUUUACUCCUUAAGUCCCCUUUCCUGGGUUUCCGAGUCAUUCGAACAGGAUAUUGACCAGAUUUCAACGUGGAAAGUGUUUUUAUUAUUAAAAAUAUAUUAUUAUGACUGAAAUGUCACCGAUUUCCGUAGAACGGUGAAAACCGGUGUGGAUCCGCGCCUGCAUUUUUUCAUUGGACGUAACCGGCGUUGCAUGCAGUUAGAUAAAUCUUAAGUAUCACAUGGGAAACAAACUGAAGCAGAUCGCUUGUGUAUUGUGUGAAGCGCUACCAAUUAUGCAAUAGGUCAUACUGAAACUUAUACUUGACAUGAAGUACUGAUGUCAAACUGCUCUAAUACGGACACCGUAAAGACACAGCAAAAUAUUAGAGAGGUUCCCACGUAGUAUAUUAUUAUUUUUAGACUCCACUGGCAAUCUGAUUGAGCCUUUUAUUCGAAAUUGUUACUGUAAGGCUUAGACCAAACGUCGAACUUAACAUGAGACGAACCAAACCUAGCCGAGUUAAGUUUUGAUAAGGUCGACCUCUGACUCAGUUAAGUUCGGAUCGUCCAACAUCCGUCUGAAGAUCGUCUCCGGGACAAAUGUCGAUCAUCACAUGGGACGAACUAGACUAAUAAACCCUAAAAAAUUAAAGACUUGUAUGAUAAUGUAUAUUUAGCCUCGUUCUGGAGAAAAUUUGUUACUGAUCUCAUUGAUUCGACGCGUCAAGUUCGACGUCCGACCCAACAGACCCAACAAACGAUCGUAACUUAAUUUAGUUUUAGGUCGAUCUCUUUGGUCACAUGUUAAAGUAUUUGAUCAUUAACAACUCCAAUUGAAGAUUGAGUGCAUGAACAAAACGUUGAUGUUUGCGUAACAACACAAAUUGCUGUACUGAUGUUACGAUGUUAUGAGACUUUGAGACAAGCGAAGUCCAGGGGAAAGAAAAACUGCCAACGACAACAAACAUGUCGAUGAUACUUAUGCGAACUAAGACAGCAAUGAAACUUAAGAGGGUCGACAGAAAUGUGAAGAAUUUGAGGGAUGGCUUUUUUCUCAUUUUUUAUCGUUUUGAAAAUUACUUCUUCUGAAAUGUGAAUUUUUUUGGGACUAUUUAUCUGUUAUAGACGAUGGCAUCCAAGGGACCGGAGUGUACAAUCUGUUUUGAACGUUUCAAUGACGAAAACAAAUGUCCUCGGAUGCUGAGUUGUGGACACAGCUUCUGCUCGUGUUGCUUGGAAAGGUUACUCCGUGGUAACACUAUUGAUUGUCCCAAAUGCAGAAAUACAGUUGCCGUUCCUUCUGGGGUCCAUGGCCUGUUAAAGAAUUUUGCAUUACUGGACAUCGUGAACGAAACAUCACCCAAACAACAUGCUGAAAAUACAGGUUAUACAGGCACGCACGAAUGUGAGGCUUGUGAUGAGAAACACCCCGCGACUUUCUGUUGCUUGGAUUGCAAAGAAAACAUGUGCAAGACGGCGGCUCAGUUUCAUAAACGCAGCAAGUUAAGUCGUGACCACCACGUUGUUACCUUCAAGGAACUGAAAGCAAACCCUCAGCUGGCUUCUGUAUCAGUUCUCUGUCCGGAGCAUAACGAUCAAUUCCGAUUUUUCGACGAAAAUUGUGGUCAUGUUAUUUGUAGAGACUGUUAUGCCCUUAAUCAUAACGGGCACAAGUGUGUAGUACUAGCUGAAGCUGCUUCAAAAUACCGACAGGAGAUGGAGGCGCUUGUCACCAAAGCCAGCUGUCAAGUCGAAAAGAUUAAAGCUGCUAAAGAUCAACUGGAGAAAGAAUUUGAUUUUAUAGAGAAGACUUGCAUAGAAAGGCGUGUUGAAAUUGAACGCUUUUUCAGAGAAGUAAGGCAUAUAUUUCUCAUUAGGGAGAAAGAGCAAACAGUAUUAUUUUUCCUAACUACUUACUAGUUUCAAUUAGCAGUCAUUUUAUCUACGGAAUAACGGUUCAUGCUGGCAGUUAAAUAAACUAGAAACAAAAACCCCUGGUCAUGGUUUAAAGGCUUUACCAUCGAUUUUUGAAAUCGCUCAAGAAUUUUGGCCAUGAUACAAAUAAUGUACUUACAGUUUUUAAGCCAUCGCGCACUACAUUUCAAUCGCGUCCUGUGCUACAGGAAUUGUGUAGACGUGAAUCGCAUAGCAUGCAAAGCAAUUCACAUCUCGCAAAAAAGAGGGCGAUAACUUACUUUUGACUGGUACUGUAAACAUGUGAAAGUGAAGAACCAGAUUAAUGGUAAAAAAUUUUGACAUUUAAUGUCCUCAACGUGGAAUGCAGAAACCAGUGAUUUUUAAAUGCUUAUCGCGGAUCAUGAACUAGUAUCGUUGGACUAGAUAAUUAAGGGUAGGCCUACCGGAACAUGAUUCAAUUGAAAUGAUUCACUGAACACACCUCGGGAUGCACCUAUCCAUUUUUUUUAUCUGUGAUAUCUGGAUUAUUUGUUUGUUUGGAAUAUAUCCGCGGAUAUAACGGUGUGUUUUCCUUUUUAUAUUUAUUAGCUUCGUUCCGCAUUAUCUAACCGAGAGGAUGCUCUGGUGGAUAAAUUACUCCGCCUUCGUCUACACAAGGAAGAUAUUCUCACCAAGCAGCUAUACCGUUUAACAACUAACCAAGAAUUGCUAGAGGAUGCACUCCAACGAGCAAAGUCCUCCAUCCAAUCUCCGAGCGAUGUUCAGUUCCUUCUCAGCAGGCCGGACAUAGUGUCCACGCUCGAGACCGAAAAAAGCUACUCAAUGGUGCUUGAGCCAGAGGCACAGUUUCUGCCGGAAUUCACCAUGGAAGAAAAGGGCAGAAUGGUGAGAAUUCAUUUACAUUUACAUGUACCAUAUUACAAAGCAUUCCCUCUCUACAAGGCUUAUAUGCUCAGACUCGGUCAGGUUCGUAAAAAAAAUGUUUCAGCUCACAGACUCCACUCUAAAAACAUUAAGACUUGGGGCUGUGGCUAGUGUGACGGGCAAACUGUUCCACUGCUUUAGUUCUAGGUAAAAGCUGUAUGGAAGAUAAGUUUUCUUCGUUCCAAGACAGCUUGUGGUGUACAGUGACGCCAAGAUAUUUAACUGCAUCUAUUUCCUUAAGGAUUUGAUCAGAUUUCGUUAGUCACAGCCAUAUACACAAAAUUGUCGUCUGCAAAUAGUCGAACUUUGGACUGUAAUUUAGCUGGGAUAUCAUUUAUAUAUACUAAUAAUAAUAUAGGUCCAAUCACGGAUCCUUGAGGUACGCCGCUUGUUACUGGGACCCAUGAGGACAUCCCCCUUCGCAUACUACUCUUUGUUGUCGUUGAUGCAAGAAACUCUCUAUCCACUGAUUGAUAAAACUAUUGAUACCAUAUGCUCUGAGCUUGCGUCAAAUUGUGAUCUUAGUUAUCCAUGAAUUAGCCUGGGACUAGGCUAACGGUUUUCUUUGGGCGCCAUUCUUUUCUCCGGGAUGAAUAGUGUAGCAGAUAUUCUCCACAUAGCAGUUGUCAUCUACCCUGGUCCCGGACGUUUUUCUUGAAAAUUUUCUCCGGGUAAGAGAGAACGAGCUGCGCAAAGCGGCCGUCUGGUACCAGGGUAGUUGGUAUUCGUCAAGUAGUAUCUACUCAUUUCCAUGUGAAAUUUUUCGCCGUUGUCUCCGGCUCUACCAAAAGAGCCUAAGCCGAGCUAACACAGCCUCUUCCCCAGGGCUUCACGGAUGUCUACCUUUUUGUGCAGUUAUCCUGCUCAAUUGAUGCAACUUCGUCCCCAGGGCUUUUCCCGCCCCACCCAUUUUUUAAGGGAAAAGCCCUGGGGACGAGGUUGCAAUUGAUGCCUUUUGAAGGGGGAUAUCGCAAAAGUCAUCCAAAUUUGGUCAUCGCUUACUAGUUCUGAAGAAUUUGUCGAGGAUUUGAGCCAAUUAUUAAUCUCUCAGUACAAUAUAGUGGAUGCAACGUACGUUGCCUGUAUAGACCUAUGUGAGAAACUGGUACACAGUGUGAUGUCAGUAUCACGUGUUUUCGUUUUGGGAAAAUCCCAAUCCCCGCAAGCUUUUCCCUUGCUCGAAGAUUCUGAGUUUUUUCUGAUGUUGUCUCUGCUUGUUAUUCUGAGAAGCUGCAUUGCUACUCUGAAGGUUUUGAAUUGUGAUCUUGAAGAUCACCUGAACAAAGUCUACGAUUGUGUCCUUUUUGUGCAGACUAUACCAGUUGUGUGGGCCACCUUUGCGCAUAGUCGUUGCCCAUGAUCCAGGGGCACCCAACAAGAAUAUAGGUCAAAACCACUUAAACAUAGCAUUGUUAAACGUAUUUUAGUACUUAAACGGUAGAUAUAGGAAUAUUUUUAUCCCCUAAAAAUUUUUCAUCUGUUCGGGUUUCCUAGCUGAAAGUCUAGUGAUCCGAAAAUUAUAGGGAUCAAAACUUACCUUUUCGAAAAUUUCAGCCAUAAAAAAGGCUCCCGAAAAUUCUAGGUGACCUCUUUAGGGGAAAAAUCCGUUAAAAAUAGGCAAUUAUACCAUUUUUCAGAUGUUCGAAAAUCCUAGGAGAGGCAGGCAAGCAAGAAAUUUUACAACAAAUUAAUGUUUCGAAAAUAGUCUAGAUCUCAAAUCGUUGGGUGCCCCUGAUGAUCGAUUAGAGUACAGAUACACCAAAAUGCAUUUCUCAGUUCACAAAUAUAUCUUUCUCUACGAACUCAUCCAUUAGUUGCUUAAAAUGUGGUUGUCGCAAAGACAAUUUUAUUUUAUAAAACUGCUGAGAAACAGAAUAUCAAGUACUAAGCGUGCCAAGUAAAUAUUUUUUUAGUAAAUGAGCUUUUCAAAAUUGAAUUUGUAAAGAAUGUAAAAUGCAACGAUCUCUUUCAGCCUGUCAAGUACUGUCCCAACAAGGUAUCGGCGGUUAUCCAGAGCGCAGGAAACAUCAGUGACCUAUCAACUUGUGCUGCAAACACAUAUGCAACUGGCCCAGGAAUAACAACUGCAAACCCUGGAAGCAAGGCGACAUUCACUAUUACUUCUCGCGACAGCCAAAACGUUCAACGCAAGCGUGGUGGCGACGUUUUUGUAGUGAAACUGAAACCAGAGAAGGGAGGAAAUGAAAUAAAGGUAGAAUUAAACGACCGAAAGAAUGGAACUUACUUGGCAGAAUAUACUGUUGAAAAGUUGUGUGGUCAAUUGACAUUGUCCGUGUGCCUGCGAGGUGCACACAUUAAAGGCAGCCCUUUUGCUGUAAAUGUUAAACCUCCUCUUCGUUUGAAUUCUCCUCAGUUUAUGCCUUUUCAGGCUUCGUCUUUCGCCGGAGUGGCAAAUCAGUUUCAUCAAAGGAAUAACUACGAUGGGUUUUGACGAAGUACCAGGGACCACAAAAAGAAGAUAGAAAAGGCAUUGCUCGCUUAAUUCUCUUUUCUGUAAUUUUAAUAUAUAUGACGAGUGGGUAUCUGCAAAGAGGCAGGUUAGACCUUUUUAGUAGGAGGCGCAACUCGCACAAAGAGAAUUGUUGAGUACCUGCACCUUGAUUAAGUUGUGAAAGUGUUGAUUCACGUAUUGUGGUGCAACUCAUAAAUACCACUGGUACACCGUGUGAGAAAACUAAAGGUUUUAUAUUUGUGCAAUUGGUUCAUGUGAUAUAUAUCUUUCCUAGGCGGACCAUUUACUUAAUAUUGAAAUAAUCCUUAGAUCCAAGAGUAUCAUUUCCAUUUCUCUCAUUGUUAAAUAUAAAGAAAUGUUAGGUUUAUAAUCAGGCCUCAUAUGUUUAGGAUGAAAGGUUGCGAAAAUGGCCGGAUUUGCUAGCCUGAGUACUGAGAGUUAGUUUAUUAGAUGUAAACUUGCACUAAUCGUAGAAUUUGCGCAAUUCAGCAUUGGCAACUGUUUCAGGAGGUCUAAAAUUUUUGUCAGCAUAGUGCAUAUUGUUAUCGUAAGCGAAAAGAUAGAGUUCGAGUUUUGUAGGGCACUGGUGAAUAUCAUUAACAUGCAACAAAGAGAAUAGGACCCAAAAGGGAAGCUUGAGAAACUCAUGAGCUGAUUAUGGCUUUGCUCAUAUGUGCUCAGUCGCCAAUUCAAGUUGUUUGAGUGUAGUUGUUUAGAUAUAAUAGGAAAACAAUUAAUUGAUGAAUCCUAGAAAGCCGUAAGAGUUACGUUUGUCUAGCAUUAUGAUGUGGUCAACGUUGUCAAAAGCUUUUUUUGAGGUCAAUAGAGUGUUUUCACUCACGUGGUCAGCAUCUAUGCAAAUUUAUUGGAACAAAAGAAAGCGUUUGCAUAAGAAAAGAGUUCAAUUCCCAGAGGAUUGGUUUAGGACACCAACAUGGCCGCCGUUUCAUUGUUUUGGGACACCAAUAUGGCCGCCGUUACGUCAUGUGAAAACACUCUAUAAUGACACCGCAAGAAAAUAGUUCUUGCUUCAUAUUGGCUCCCCAGUGAAUUAAAUCAACGUGGCUAAUUUGGCACGUUGAGUAGAUUUCCUGUGCGAUCGCCGCACUUGGAAAAGAUUAGUAAAGUAGAUUGUAUUUCUUUAUGCAAUUCAUCAUUCUCCCAUACAUAAGCCUUUCAAGUAUACUGUUGAAGUUUGACAAUCAAGAUAUGGAUCUGGGUCCGUCGUUGCAUUUAAAUACAGGUACAAUUGUAGACAUUUCCAAUUUUGAGGGGUAUCUUCCUACAUUAGAGAGAUUAAGAUUCACGUUUACGGCAAACCGCUAACGUCGGAUUCAAGUUGAGAAUUUCUCAAAAUAGAAAAUAAGAAAAUAAAAACUGUCCAGAACAAUUCUUAUGGAUAAAGCUGGCGUGAAAGUACUUAUUUUUGAGCAGAAGUAAUAAACAGUAAACGACAAUGAAGAAAAAAACUUGGUCAUGUGGUACAAAUUCACGUUUCCCGUUUGGCGUAAACGUGAAUCUUAAUCUCCCUAUUAAUAGAUAUACUGAAUAAUGAGUAUUUUGGCACUAAAUCUCAUUUACGGUAUUAAUUAAAAUAAAAAAAACCUGAACUUCUUAUAUGUUUCGGGAUUGUUUAUGGUGUUUUGUCUGUUGUGACCAGUUACGGGAAAGGUCAGGGGUCAUGAACAAACCACAAAGUCACAAACUUUUCUUACUAGAUCUUUUUAGACUUAGCUGGAAACGCAGGAAAGGAGUCCGUUGUGUUGGGCCUGCGUGCUAGUAGCAUGAUGCAUUGCAGCCUCGCUUCAAACUUAGCUCUUGGCCAGGGCCGAGUUGUUCAAAGUUGGGUUCAGAUAACCCAGGGUUAGUGCGAGAUUUGAAUUCAGAUUUGGAAACUUAAAAAGCAGUUCAGUUUUAAUUCUUUUUGUCUACAAGUUGAUGAUUGGAAGCUCUAAAAAUAACACAGAAAAUUAUCUGAGAAAAUGCUUUUGAACACAAGAAAGAGAACUGAACCCGGGUUAAAUUUAACCCCGGCUUAAGCACUGAUGGGCCUUUGAACAACUGGGCUCAGUUCAACGAAAUUCGGUGGAAGUUACGCCGAGGUUUUGCCCCUUCCAGCAGUGUUGUCAAAUGUAGCUGGUAAAAUAACCCAGCUUUAGUUAGAGCAUUCGAUUUCUAUUCAUCAAUGAAAAUGUUUUCUACAAAAGCUUGAAUUCCCAAAUCCAAGUUUUUGUCGAACUGAGAAACUUGCUUUUUUCAUAUUACUGCACUGGUAAUUUUCUUCUUUGCUUAUGUGGUCGACAAUUUACAACUGUGCAAGUAAUCAUGUUCUGUCUUACUGAAUUUCUUUUUAAAAACUAACGGCGACUGCAUUAUCCCGGCGAAUUAUUGUUAUUUUAUAGAAUAGGGCCCCUUUUUAUUUUUGAAACGACACCAGUUGUUAUUAAAUUGGAAAUGUUUGAACGUUUUUGGAAACUUUUGUUUUAAUGAGCUGACAAUAUCAUCUGUUUACAAUCUCAUCUGCCCGGGACUAGAUACUCCCUUUAUUUGCCUAUACGGGAAGGCUCCGCCCGAAAGGGGUACCUUUUUCAGUUUUCAGGUAUAUAAAAGGUUAGGAAUUUACUAAUUUAAGGAUAUGAUAAGGAAAGGAAAAAUUGUCACUUUGGUCUGUAAAAAGACUAGAAAAGGACAAACAGAAGCAUUUUAUUACCCGUAAAAAGAAAUCGCCAAAACGUUUUGGUUUUGUGAUUUAUUCAUAAAUUAAUAAAGACGGUGCAUUUACAGCAGUUUAAAGGGAUGCAGAGUCCUAAGCUGGGUCAGCUAUCCUCUCUUGUCACGUAUGUGAAAGGAGUACCAUUUGUCGGCAAUAGGAGGUAAACAAGAGGGGUACCUUUUCUGUCAAAAAUGGUAAAAUAGAGCUCGAGCUCAUGCAUCUGUGGCCUGCAUGGGUACGGCUUCCUCGCGUGGUUUAAUCAGUCAAGGUGACAAUCGUAAUACACCUCUGGACGCAUUGCUCAUUAAGGAAAAAAAGGUUUUUGUUAAAACGCUCAAUACGGCUUUUUUAUUGUUAUUUGCGCACACACCGAUAACCCAUUGCUGGUGGAAGGAAGUUCGGCUGCUAGAUAUCUUGCUAAAGAUAGAUUCGGGCUUUAAUCCCAGCCUCCCUUCCCCUGCAAGAGUAACAGUUUAUCACAUCAUCACGUGACCAAAAUAGUUCAUGGCGGCAACAAGCCGGAAGCGAUGGUGGUUAAUGAGGUUCUUGCACUCGUUUUUUGAGCUUUUUGCCUCACUUAAGGUACGUAUAACUUCUUUACUUAAAGAAAUACAAGGUAGAGCUUAUUCUUAGGCAAUAGAAUAGACUAAUUCGUGCUUAUGUUAUUCUCCGAUCGCUUAGCUCGAUCAUAGUGUCCAUCGAUGCGUACCCGCUCCGUCACAUUUAGCUAAAUUAAGCCAGUGAUUAAGCUUUAAUACAUUUCUUUGGAAAAUUUUGAUUUUCAAGUUCAAACUGUGGGUGAAAUCUUAUUACUUUAUUAUUUAAAUGCAAGAUUUACAAAGAAAAUGUUUCUUUAUUUCAGUUUGAGGCGUUGUUUUACGCAAAUAAACAAAUGGGAUCAGUUUAUGUUCUGCAAUAUGCAUAGCAUUGUAAGCUAAUUAUAUAACCGGCCUGGUUGGAUCGACUAGUUAAGUUUCAUUCAUUUUAUCAACAAAAGUCAAAGUGCUUCUACCUCUGGCUUGUCAUUAUAAACAUCUCAAUCUUUUUCUUUGAAAUUGGUCAGCAGACUGCCUCUGUAUGUCAUAUGAGACUGAGGCUUUGGUUUAACCCCCUUAUUAAGCAUGGGGACCUAAUCCCCCCCCAACCCCCUCCCCCAGAAGACUAUGGUUAUCAAGUUCCACCACCUCCACCACAUAAAACAGCCAUGUGGGUGCUCAUCACUCAUCAUAAAAUAGGAUAGAACACUUAUAAAUCAGCUAUGGGUACAGUAUGUUGACCAGUGUCCGGACACUUUAGUUUAACAUUGCAAUAAGUUUCCUUUGUUAAUCGGAACAGCUCUGAAAUUUGGCCCAGAGAAAAUCUAUUUAGUCCUUAAUAUGACGAAAGACAGUUUAACUUUUUUGCCUUUGUUUCCAUCGCGAAAUUAAUAUUUUUGCAGUGCUCCUACGUUGCCCAGUAUCCGGACAGCUGGUCCAGUAUCCGGACACAACAAGAACAACGUAACUGUACAUAAAUUUCAACGGCAAGCGACUUUUAAACUUCUCUUGCACUUGCAAAGUAGUCUGGCAAUCGAUUCCAAAAAUAUAACCUACAAUUGUAACAUCGUGAAGUAAAACAUAACAAAUGAGUAUGGUGAAGAACGCGAGCCGCUGUUAAAUGGUAUAAUUCAAUACUUCCUUGUCUGGGAACUUUUUCACUGAUUUAAGGAAGGCAUCCGUGGACAUGCCGAAGCCACGAUUUGCAAGCUCAAUUUGCCAAUCUGCAAACGACUUUGUUUCUUCACUUUUUAUUUUUAAAAAGAACUUGGGGAAGGGACCUCAAUGCGAUGGUCAAAGGUCACUCUCCUAUUUGGACUAACCUGCGGUGUUGAUUUCUUCAUGCUCAGUCCCCACAAUAAGUCUUCUUUUCUAGCUCUAAUUCCUCCAUCUUUCACAUCUUUCAAUCCGUUUGUGACAUUCUUCAGACCGUUGCUACCCCAUUCUAGCAUUCACAACUGGGAAAAGUAUGAGAAUUCUGCGGGUUCAACUCCGACGCUUCCGGUUAUAUAUAGAAAAUGCAGUCACGCGAAACAAGCUGUGAACAUGAAAUCAAGUCGCCUCUGAAUGAGUAAAGAAAAUUUUGAUAUGGAGUUGACUAGAAUUACAUUUUACGACUAUAUCAUCAUUAUAUUCUAAGGUUUAAUUAUAGUUACAGAUAUGAAAUAAAUCUUGUCCGGAUAAUGUAUGCAGCUAAUUCAUUGAUUCUGUACAGCAAAGAUAAAACUGUCCGGAUACUGGGCACCUGACAUCAAUACUUAGUGAAUGCUUCUUGCCUCCGUUAUUCCAAACAAAUCAAAUUUCAAGAAGAAUCAAUACACUUUCUGAGGACCUGACUUCUUGAAGUAUAUUCAUAUUAAAUAUAAAACAGUUUUUUUGAAAAUAUCACACAUUACCUACCCUUUUCUGAGCCGCACUAAUUUUACUGCGCAGUAAACAGGGUAAAUAUUAGCCAUGAAAAGUUUACUCACCUGAACAGAACGGCGUCUUCUGCGACUGUUUCGCAAGCUUUAAACUCGCCAAAACUUUCAUCCUAAAGCUGAAAUGUUCAGCUUUCAUUCGAAACACUUCCUUUACCGAGAAAUGAAAAGGGCGCCUCAAAAAUUGAGUUUUUGUUUUAAGUGUCCGGAUACUGGUACUGUCCGGAUACUGGGCAACAUACUGUACUCUUAAGGUACUCUUUUAAAAUGUUAUUGAAUAGAACAUACUUCCUGCCUUAUGGGGUACAAUGUAACUGUCCUAGAGGCUCAUUUUAAGGUACCUUUAACUUUGUCAUAGUUACUUAGUUUGUAAAAUGACUGACUGAUGUACAGCUGUAAACUUGUAGAUCAAGACAAAGUAAGCAGCUGCAUCUGUUUUCUAAGAAUUCUCAUAUUGUCUUCAUUUGCUUCAGUCCAUAGUUGGUCAUCAUAUAUCUUCCUAAUGCCCUUUUCUCUAUCUCACCUUUCAAUAACAUUGUCCAAGUAAUAUGUUGAAAGGCUCCUCCAAAUAAUACUGGGGAGGGAAGAGUACCGGCAACUGAACAGUGAUGCUGAUGAAAACAGUUGACUAAAACAUGCUGAAUUUGCAUGUUCCUUUUUCUUUCUUUUCAUUUUACUUUUUAAUUUAACUUACUUGUUAAUUCGUUUGUGCAAGUUAUGGAUUAUUUAUUCAUUUUAGGCAAUGACAUCGAAGAUACCAGAGUGUUCAAUCUGUUUUGAACAUUACAAUGACCAAAGCAAAUGUCCUCAGCUUCUGAGUUGUGGACACAGCUUCUGCUCGAGCUGCUUGGAGAGACUUCUCCAUGGUAACACCAUUGAUUGUCCCACAUGCAGAAAUCCUGGUGCUGUUCCUACUGGAGUGGAAGGACUAUUAAAGAAUUUUGCAUUAUUGGACAUUGUGAAUGACACACCCAGAGAAAAUGUUGGGAGUAAUACAGGCUCACAUGAUUGCGAAGCUUGUGAUGAGAAGCACUCUGCGAAUUUCAGCUGCCUUGACUGCAAAGAAAACAUGUGCAAAACUGGAGCUCAGUUUCAUACUCGCAACAAGGCAAGUCGCGACCAUCGGGUUGUUUCCCUUGAGGAACUGGAAGCAAACCCUCAGCUCACUUCUGAAUCCCUCAUAUGCCAAAAACACAAUGAUAAAUUCCGGUUUUUUGAUGAGAAAUGUGGUCAUGCAGUUUGUAGGGAAUGCGUUGCUCUUGAACACUUUGGUCACUUGUGUUUACCACUUGCUGAAGCUGCCUCAGAGUAUGGAAAGGAAGUGAAAGAUUUAAUAAAAAAGACUAACAUGGAAACUGGAUCAGUGGUUGAAUAUGAACUGGAAAAGGCUCGACUUGAAAAGGAGGUGGGAUACCUACAAGGCCUCCUUAAAAAGGUAAAAAGUUAA